CUUGGCAUUCCUAUUGGCCAAGAACUAGGCAACAAAAUACUGCGGCUGGCGGCAGCAUUUUCCUGCCCGUGAAAACCUAACAGUCGAGGCGUAGACUGCAGUGUGCGGAUUUGCGUUUCUAGAAUACCGAAACUCUAGUCAACGAUCCAAGAAAAUUUCGUUUCAUUUUCUCGUGCACAUUAAGAUUCAAAAUAUACCAAGUGAAUAAAUUCGAAGACAUUUAUAAUCAGCGUAGACGAAACCGAAAUUACGAUUCAAGUUGAGCUAGAAGAUUUCGAGGACGGUUGACCGUCAAGACGCAAUGGCACGGGCUAAUAAUUUAGACAAUUGGGAUCCGAUGGCUGCUCAUUACCGCGACGCCAACGUCAAUUCGUACGAGCACGGACCUGGAAUGAAUCUGACGCCUUAUGCUAGGGGAGGACCGGAAACGGAGUUUAAACUCUACGUGUCGAAUAUCCCAGCAGAGCUAGACCAGGAUGGUGUAUCCCAUCUUUUCGCGAAUUACGGCACACCGUCCAGUGUUAUAUCCCCUCCGAAUGCUGGCUGGGCGUUUGUGAGCUAUACGAGUUUCCGUGAGGCAGAAAAGGCCAUCAGAGAGGUCCAUGGCGUCAAACCUUUGGAACUUCGCGUAACAUUUGCAAAGAAACGUGAGGAACGACUCGAUCGAAAUAUGGGCCCUCGCCGGACAAUAGAAUCCAAACCAGUACCUUUUACGUGCAAUCCAGAGAACCAGCCGAGGGAGUACAUCAGUCCUGAACAGAUUCCACGACAUGCUGCACCGCCUACCUGUAAUAUGGGUCGUGGUAAGAAUUUGGCUGCAUUGGUGCACAGGGCUGUUAGUGAUCCUGUUUCUGAUCCUGUGUACUAUGAGGAGGAUGAUUGUUUAUAUCCAGUUCCCAAUGAUCCAGCUUAUUAUAAUCCAUAUGAAAAUGCAGAACCUUUUUUAUAUACAAAUAAUUUGUGGACUAGAGAUCGGCUGAAAGUAUCCACUGAUGGGACCAGAUAUGUUACCAUGGGGCGUGGCUACACCAGGUAUGAACUGCCACCACGAUAUCCUAAUGUGCACCAGCAUAUAAGAGCUGUUUACGAAAAAAGAGAAGCCGGGCUCUAUCAGUAUGGCGAAAAUAGAAUUGCUGAGCAGAUCGGCAAGUGUCAAUACUGUACCAAACCAGCUUCAGGCCGCUGCCAGCGUUGUCAGGAAUUUUAUUGCAACAGAGCCUGCCAGGUAGCUGACUGGCCGAGGCAUAAAGUUGAUUGCCAGGAAAUACCAGGAUUGGACCCUGGAAUUGACUUAGCGUCUCUUUCUAUCUCAAGCGGUGAUGAGCAACCAGUACAAUCAAUGAAUAAACGAAGUAUUCUGAAACUGAGACGCCCAGUAAAACGAGCAGAGUUCCCGAACGCACCAAAUUCGACAUCAACACCUAUUCUAGACACAUCUCUGACAUUUGGAAAAGAAAAUAUCCCGAUUUUUUCACAGAAUCAACACAAACGCGAUCACUUCGGUGAUCAAAAGAGAGUUUUUGAUAAAAGCAUCAGUCAUAACUCGGGUGGCUGGAAGCCAGUAAAUAAUGGGGACAGUCAGAUUCUUCGUACUGCCAAUGCACAGGGCAGGGAAUCAAAUACAAAUCACAAAAUCAAUUUAGUGAACGAAAUGCCAAAAGCAGAAAUUCAAACACAGCAAGUUCCAAAAGAUGCCAGUAGACCAGAAUCAAGCAAGAGCUCUUCUCACGGAAGUUAUAGAGUCAAGGAUGCAAAGGAACAAAAUAUGCAUCAAUUGAAGACACAAGUUCAAGUACAGCAUAGCAACAAGUUGACCAAAACAUCUGAUAGAGGCGAACCUAGAAAUCAAGAACAGGAAAUUUAUCAGCAGACAACGCAUCAAAAUAAAAGCAUGCAAAUCAACAAUGCAGAAAUUGCGAAACCCAAAUUUAAGCUAGACCUCGGAGAUCCAGAUAUUAGCUUUCGCAGAGUAACAAAUGCACCAGGACAUGCUGACAUAAGGCCAGUGUCAAAAGGAGCUUUACACCAGAACAACGAUGCUGUAGCUGGACAAUCUAGAAGUCAACCAACAACCAAACCAGUUGAAAAUGACGUUAACGCAAAAAAAAUUGCUCAGAGUUGUAGUAAAGGUGAAGCAGCUCAACCCUAUUCCUUAUCGAAUUCUCCUACCAAAACUACGGGAAUGUCUCAAAAUGCACAAGCUCCUCCAUUGUCUCCUGCUAAAGGCCCAAAAAAUAUUGUUGAGUUACUUGAUGAAAAAGAGGAAGGAUGUUUUGAAGCUCAUGUUCUUCUUGGCGGUAACAAAGCUGCUGUUACGGUCUGUGUUGAAAAAUUCAGGCAAGAGUGUGAAGACAUAUUUUCAGUUCUGCCAAAAGAGUGCGAUAAGAUUUCGGUAGAUCCCAACUUUAAACCAAAGGUUGGAGAUCUAAUCUGCGGCAAGCGACAGGAUGAUUGGAUACGAGGCACUGUACAAUCUCUAGUUCCUUCACUGCGACUAUUUGCCGUAGAUGAGGGACGUGUUGAAUCAGUUAGUGCUGUAAAGCCUCUUCCACAAGGAUUCAGAAUCCUACCAACGCUAGGAGCUAUCUGUGAAGUAUCUGACGCAGAAUUCAAGCUGGAGCCCAUGUCACAGUAUGUAUUUGCUGUAGUAAACAACAAGUAUCAAGAUGUAAGUAAGGAUGGAAUCGAAAUCAUUGUAUACAAUUCUGAGCAAAAAUCCGGGAAAGCAAUACUCAAGCCAUGGGCUCCAACAUCGGAACAGAAAGGUGUUCCAUAUGCUUCUCUUACAAGCGGGACCGAAAUUUGCAUAGCUUCAUUCCGUAACCAUAACAUGAUAUUUGUACGGAGUCUUGUGCCCAGCGAAAUGGAAACCUUCAAUCGGUUAACACAGGAGGUAGCGAAGUGGUCAACUAAAGUGCAGAAGUUAACAGAGCUACCGGUAGUGGGCGAAAUGGUCUUGGCUAAAUAUAUAGAGGAUGGAAAUUUCUAUCGUGCUAUUGUUAGACAGAUAAAAGAACAGAAGAUUAUCGUUUCCUAUGUGGACUUUGGAAAUAGUGAAACAACGUCACUUGAAAAUCUUCGACCGAUUUCCAAUAGCUUGAAAGAAUAUAAAUCAUGUGUAGCAAGAAUCGUCCUUAAAAAUGUCCCUAAAGAUGUGCCGAUGACCAAGGAGCUGAGCGAGUACCUUGGAAUGUUGGCUGGCAUGGAAAAGCCUCUUAUGUGCACCUUCGAAGGUUCCCCUUUCACAGACGGUGUAAUACUGAAGGCUUCUGAUGGUACGUGCAUCAAUGAGAAAGUUCUCAAACUAUUGACACCAAGUUGGAAAACGGAAGAGGACGAAAAGACUGUAUUCUUGCUGUCAGAUCUGGAAGUGGCUGAGCUGGGUGAGUCAGGUCAGACUCUCAACGUUCUCAGUCUUUUUUCAUAUGGACCAUUGCUGCAUAUUUUGGCACCCUACGAUGUCGAAUUGAUAAAUCACAUCAAUGAUGUAAUGGCAACUCAGAUCAAAGACUAUUGCGAUCAGCAAAAAGAUCAUUACAUCCCAAGGCCCGAUGAAUUAUGCAUUGCUCCAUACGAAGGAAUCUGGUACCGUGCCGUCUGUUUGGAAACGAACACGACACCAACGGAAAGCACGGUAAAUUUCAUAGAUUUCGGCAAUGUCGAAACAGUCAGUCACAAGAAUAUCAAAGUAAUGAAUAAAGAUUUCAUGUCCACUAAGACAUUGGCCAAUGUCUGCCAGGUCGUAAAUUUAGGGCCACUUGAUGAAGCUGGAGACUUACAACCCAAAAUAGCUAAAAGGGUUGAAGAGUUGGUCCCUAAUAAUAGUGCUGUAAUGGUAAAAAUCGUUGAGCGUUCAAAACCUGGUGAAUACAUCGUUGAAUUUCCAGAAAUACGCGAUAUCCUCGUGAAAGAAGGUCUUAUUGAAGUUUAAAGCAUAUACGUAUUUUUUAAGGUAUAGUUCUAAUAGAAAUGUUAAGUGAAAAGAUUAUUGUUAUGUUACAUACGAUACAUCCUUUUAGGUACUAUCGCUUUUUCUUUCUUUUCUCUUUAUAUUUUUUUAAGUUUCAUAUGCGAACU